AUGGACGACUACUUUUUUGAAAAUCAUGUCCGGUCCUGCAAAGAAGUCUCCGAGAACUCAAGUUUCCUGGAGAUCUACAACUUUUCUAAUGGCGAGAUCUACUAUGACAAGGGCGCAUUGCCCAUGAGCGAGUUCCAGAACUUUUUAGAGCGGAAGGGCGUCUUCGAGCCUCCGAAGAAAAAGGAUGGCGCGAGCAUCGUCAGCGGCAUGCGGCUUAUUCUGCAACUCGGCGCACAACACCCCGAGACGUUUACCGCAAACUACAUCUCAUAUACGCACAACGAAUACAUCGCCAUGGUCCGCAAGCUCAGCCUGCCCUUCCGCGCCAUCGAAGGCACCAGCAUCGUGGGACCCUUCUUCUGGGCGGCCCUCGACCAGGACGACGCCAACCCUCACCUGCAAAUCAUCUUCCGCAAAUCCGACGUUCGCAAAAAGGGUCUGACCCGCGGCUGGGAGCUCAUGCUAAGCCACAACUUCCGCUCGGCCAUUACGACAGGCUACGCCAAAGGCACCGAAUCCAGCCAGCUCGAGAAGAUUGUCGACCAGCACCUGCGCGCCUGCGCCUUCCACAUCGCGCACCCGCUCAUCUUUCCCACGAUCCUGCUGGGCCACGACCUCGACAGCACCAUGGACGACAAGCAGCGCAAGGCGCGCCACUGGCUGCGGCGCUUGGAGCAUGCCAUUACCGACCGCAACGAGAUUGACGUCACCGAGCGCUACUCCAACUUUGACCUCGACGAGAUGAACCGGGAGCUGGUCGAGUGCCACAGCCAGGUCCUGUGGAAGCGCCCGCAGGCGUACGUGGACACACUCGACGAGAUUGAAAAGGCCAUGACCAAGUUCCGGGACGCACGCGAGCGCCUGCUGCGCGACGGCCAGCUAUUUGCGCACCACGCGGACCCGGCCACUGAGGCGGCGCUCGACAAGUUGCACCGCAGCAUGCUGAGCCGCUUCGACUUUUUCCGGCAGAAGCUCAAGGGCAUCCGGCACUAUGCACAUACGACCAUCUCCCGGCUCGACAUCCAACGAGGUGCACUCUACAACAUUAUUGCCCAAAAGGAGUCGAAGCUCAACUUGGAAAUGGCCCAGCACCAGCGCCUCCUGGCACUCGCCUCCAAGCGCGACAACCAGAGCAUGAAGGCACUCUCCAUUGUCGGCGCUGUCUUUUUGCCGGCUACGUACCUGGCGUCCCUGUUCUCCAUGACCUUCUUCAACUUCCAGGUCGGGGGCAACGGCGGCGGCAGCGGUGGCGGCGACGACGACUCGCCUACCGUGGCUCCGACGCUGUGGAUCUACUUUGCCAUCACCAUCCCGCUGACUCUUGUCGUGCUGGCCGCUCUCUUCUGGUGGGACCGAACCCGCGAAAAGAAGUUUGCCGCAGAAGAGGCCGAAGUCUCAACAACGCUGCCCGACCUCGAGCGCCGCGUCGUGACGUCGUUGCGGGAGAUGCGAACCGGUCUCAACAGCAUGGACACGAAGCGCUGGGACUCGAUAUAG